GCUAUGGACAGUGCCAUCACCCUGUGGCAGUUCCUCCUCCAACUCCUCCAAGAGCCUCAGAACAAGAAUAUCAUCUGUUGGACCUCCAACGACGGGGAGUUCAAACUGCUGCAGGCAGAGGAGGUGGCCAGGCUCUGGGGAAUCCGCAAGAACAAGCCCAGUAUGAACUAUGAUAAACUCAGCCGUGCUCUCAGAUACUAUUAUGUGAAGAAUAUCAUUAAAAAGGUGAAUGGUAAGAAGUUUGUGUACAAGUUUGUUUCUUAUCCGGAGAUUUUAAAUAUGGAUCCACUUGUCGUGGGCCGUAUAGAAGGAGACCCUGAAAUGACUGGUUUUGCAGAAGUUAGUGCUGUGAAGGACGUGGAAAACUGUGGGAAGGAGAAGUCUCCAUCGUGUGCGAAAUCCUCCAGCCGCAAUGACUAUAUCCACUCAGGCUUGUACUCCUCUUUUACCCUGAACUCCCUCAACUCUUCCAGCGUAAAACUCUUCAGGUCCAUCAAGAUUGAGAAUCCAGCUGAGAAGCUGACAGAGAAGAAACCCGCUCAGGAUCCAACACCCUCUGUCAUCAAGUUUGUCACCAUGCCCUCCAAAAAGCCUUCAUCUGUCCCCCUGGUCUCUACCCCUUCAGCGGUCUCUGCCACUUCCACUGCUUCUGCCACUUCAACCACAUCCUCCCUUCCCAUGGGAUCAGAAGAAACUCUCCAGACCUUGGAGACGCUCGUUCUACCCAAGUUAACUGUCCCUGAAGCUCCAGCACCUUUGCCAAACUUAACCACCAGCUUCACCCCAACUCCACCCAUAUCCUCGGUUUCUCCCACUCUGCAAGUUCCUUCCACACCCCCGUCGCCGCCCCUCAGCUCUAAUCCUGACCUGGACAUUGACACGGACAUAGAGUCCGUGACUUCCCAGCAGCUGGAGCAGGCUCAGAGCCUUCAGCAUCAAUCCCCGGAGCCCAAAGAGCAGGAUUCAUCUGUGCUGGAGAAGGAGUUUGCCAAUCACCUCUCCAGAUCUAAAAAACCCAAAGGGCUGGAGUUGGCUCCUACUCUCGUCAUUACAGGCAGCGAUCCAAGUCCACUGGGGAUUCUGAGUCCUUCUCUCCCAACUGCUUCUCUUACUCCAGCACUUUUCUCUCAGACUCCCAUCUUGCUGACCCCGAGCCCCUUGCUCUCCAGUAUCCACUUCUGGAGUACGCUAAGCCCAGUCGCUCCUCUCAGUCCCGCAAGGUUGCAAGGUGCUAAUACGCUCUUUCAGUUUCCAUCAGUGCUGAACAGUCACGGCCCGUUUACUCUGUCUGGACUGGACGGACCCUCUACCCCUGGCCCAUUUUCCCCUGAUCUACAGAAGACAUAG